AGAAAGGACACUUCGGUUCGCACCACGUUCGCACAAUAUUUUGAAGAGACCGAAAACAAAAAUAUUUAUUUCACAGUAAUCUAAAUUACAAAAGUGUUGAUAAUGCAUCUAAUACGUUCAGCGAGUUUUAAUUUAUUUGUGGAAAUCCUCAUACGGAUUGUUCUGCUCUCCAUUUUCUGCUAUAUGGAAUCAAUGAGUCCCUUCAUACGAGUCAUUCAGCCAUCGGAGUUAGAGAACGACUGCAAAUACCCUCGCCACGAGUCCUAUGUCCCUGGUAGUAUGUUGUGGGCAAUUGUGGUGUCGGUGCCCUGCGUGCUCACAAUCAUAGCAUGGGCUAUUUGUAAUGACUGCAAUGAUGCAUUGGAGUUUCUACUGGCAUGGUCAUUAUCUCUUGGCAUCACUGGCAUACUAACAGACUCAGUCAAAUUAAUAGUAGGUAGACCUAGACCGGAUUUCUUCUAUCGAUGUUUCCCGGACGGGAUUGAAACGCCAGACCUCCAGUGUACCGGGGACCCUGGUGAUAUAAUAGAGGGGAGGAAGUCCUUCCCUAGUGGCCAUAGUAGCAUAUCGUUCUGUUCGCUGGGCAUAGCGUCCGCCUGGGUGUGCGGGCGGCUGGGCACGGUGGCCAGGCGGCGAGGCUCUGGAGUCAGGGUGCUGUCCACGCUGGCACCGCUGGUGGCUGCCGCGUGCAUAGCGUUGUCCAGGACCUGUGACUACCAUCACCAUUGGCAAGAUGUCCUAGUGGGGUCCAUCUUAGGUUUGUCGGUAUCGCUGUUCUGUUACCGGCAGUACUACAACGCUCUAACUUCAGACCUGUCCGGGGUUCCGUACAUAGUGUCCCGGGCGAGCCUCGCCAAGUAUUUGAACGGAAAACCAGAUAUCAGUCCGGUCAAAGACGCGAAAGAAGAAUCUACGCCAUUGCUCAAUGGUGCUAAAAAAGAGGACAAAUGGAUUUAAUGUUAUUUUAAUUUGUGACAUUUUUUUUUUCGUAACAAUCAAGCGUGAUUUAUAAUCGACCGAUUUUUUUAAAGAUUUUUACGUUAAUUAUGUUUACAUUCACGUCAUUGUACAAUGGCGUAAAGAAAAAGGACAAAAUUUUAAUUUGUGAUAGAUUUUUUUGUAACAAUUAAGUGUGAUUUUUAACUAACCGAUUUUUUUAUAGGUCUUUUUAAGUAUAUUUCCACGCCAGUGCUUAGUGGCGCAAAGAAAGAGGACAAAUUGAUAUGAUUAAUGUUAUUUUAAUUUGUGAUUAUUUAUUUUUGUUAAAAUUGUAUUUUUUAACAACGGAUUUUUUUAACUUUUUUUUUUAAUAUUGGCGCAAAGAAAAUGGCCAAAUGGACUUACAUUGUUUUUAAUGUGAUACAUUUUAAGUGUGAUAUUUUUAACUGACCAAUUUUUAAAUUUUAUUUAUUUCCACGCCAUUGGUCCGUGGCGCAAAGAAAGAGGAUGAAUGCAUUUGAUCUUAUUUUAAUUUACGAUGUGAUAAAAUGUUAAUGUUUUUUUUGUAAUUUUACUAUCUAUACCUACUUAUGAAUUUCAUUUCUUAGAAGGAAAAAUAUGAAUCGAGAAUGAUGGAGAAGUUAAUUAAAUCGAAUCAUUAGUACAUAUGACAAAUCAUAAAUUAUUUUGAUCUUUAAAAAAAUUUAAGAAUCAUACAAAAAUUUACAUCAUGUAAAAAAUAUUUUUUUUCCACUUAACUAAGUUACAUUCCACUAACUACAUAUCGAUUUUCCAUUAAAUAAUUUCUUA